UUCAUCUAAUAUUUAUACUUGACUUCGUUUCAUGACUUCAUUUGACAUUCAUAUUUUCAGUAAACUCUAAAAACACAGUUUGACAGAUCUUUUCCGGUACACAAGAUCACUGGGGUCUUUAUCUCAGGAGAGACAUCUAAAGAUCUAAAUGUAAUCCGUCUGCAGAUUUAGUACUGUAUUAAAGAGAUCUCUUUUUCUUUUCUGUUUGUUAAUGUUGAGAUCACAAUACUCUUUCAGAGAACAAUCGAUCAUGCUGUCGUCCUUGGACAAACUCGUGGCCUGGAUACUGACUGGCUUCUUGGCGAUUCUCACUAUCUUCUUCAACAUGUACCUGCUUCUGAUCAACCAGAGGAACUACCGGAAGAGCACAAAGCCCCGACUGAGCCCGGCCGAUUUCAUCAUCACAGCCAUCUCCCUGGCCAGCAUCUUCCUGCAGGUUCUCACGUACUUCUGGCAGACCUUGGAUGUGAUCGACACUGUGUGCCGCAUCAGCUUAGCGGGAGCCAUCCUGCUGGUGCUCAUCUUCAGCCUCAAGUUCAUCAUAUUCUGGAGCACGGCGUUCCUGACCUUCUACUACGGUAAUAAACUGGUGGUUGAGCCCGUCCACUGCUUCACACGCAUCCAGGAGGCCAUCAUCAAAAACAUCCACAUGGUCCUGGCGGUGAUCAUCGUAAGCGGCUUUGCCAAUUGUGUGCCAUUGCUGAGCGUGUUGACCUACAACACCACCACCACCACCACCAGCGGACUGAGCGAUUGUGGGUCCAUCAUGCCCACCGACACGACCGGACUCGCCUACAUCUUCUACUACGUGUUCAUCUCUGACAUCGUUCCAGGAAUCAUAAUGGUCAAAUGCAGCAUCUCCAUCUCGUACUACCUGGCCAAACAUCUUCUGAACAUGAAGGCCAGUAGCAACAGCGCCCAUGGGCCCAAGCUCGGCACGCAGAUCCGGGUCAUCAAGAUGACUCUCAGUUUAGUGGUCGUGUAUGUGGUCUUUCUGAUCGUGGACAUCGUCACGCAGAUAACAGUGGUGCUGAUGAGGCAGAACACACUGGCCCUGACUGUUCUCUUCGCUAGCAUCUACACCACAGUCAGCGCGUUCGUGCUGGUCUAUGGGAAGAAAAGCUACUGGAAGGAACUGAUUGCAACGUAUAACCUCUUUUUAGACGAGUACCCCUGUUUGAGCAGCAUGAAGGUCGAAGAGGUCAAAACAGAACCACAUGAGAACAGCAAUGGGCACUAA